AUAGUGGGGUUCGUAAUGUGCGUGUGCGCUCUGUGUUGUCCACAGUGUAUCAGUCUGAGCGCACAGCGGAUCUCCGCGCUUAAACCAGAGCCAUGGCUUGAAUUACAGCACCUGCGGGCCUUGCCGUUAUCUAAUGAUGGUCUUUUAACCAACAUGCGACGACUUGCUGUUCUUCUGACCUAAAAAAGACCCGCUCCCCCAGUCGGUCCGGAUUAAUUUUCUGCGCAUCAUUUGGACAGGCGUCUCUAGGAUGGAGCACAUCAGAACACCAAAGGUGGAAAAUGUGCAUAUGAUUGAUAGACUGACCCCCAGAAAAUCUACGGUGGGCACAUUAUACCUCUCCUCAACUCACACUAUAUUUGUAGAGAACUCGGAGGCCCGCAAAGAGACCUGGGUUCUGCACAGUUUGGUAUAUAAUGUGGAGAGAUUCCCAACAAACCCAUCAGGAAGUCCUCUCAUUAUCCGCUGUAAGAACUUCCAUGUUUAUCGACUGCUGAUCCCACAGGAGAGGGACUGUUUAGAUGUGCUGGCCUCCCUCACUCGACUUUCACGCCCAGAAUCCUAUGGAGAGCUGUUUUGUUUCUCUUUUAACCCCAACCUGGAUAAAGAGUUAAGGGAAAAGGCCUGGGGCUUCAUCGACCUGAAGGCAGAAUUCAAUCGAAUGGGAAUACCUAGCAACCUCUGGCAUGUCACAGCAGCCAACCAUGAGUACAGAUUGUGUGACACUUACCCGUCAGAGCUGUUUGUGCCAAAGUCAGCCUUUCCUGCUGUCAUUGUGGGCAGUGCCAAGUUCCGGAGUCGAGGACGUCUUCCUGUUCUCUCCUACUUCCACAGAGACACCAGUGCGUCAAUCUGUCGGAGCAGUCAGCCUCUUUCUGGUUUCAGUGCGCGUUCCUCAGAUGAUGAGCAGAUGCUACAAGCCAUUAUGAAGUCAAACCCCAUCAGCGAGUUCAUGUAUGUGGUGGACACAAGGCCAAAGCUCAAUGCCAUGGCUAAUCGUGCUGCGGGGAAAGGCUAUGAGAAUGAAGACCAUUACACUAACAUAAAACUGCAGUUCAUUGGCAUAGAAAACAUCCAUGUCAUGAGGAACAGCCAACAGAAGCUUAUAGAUGUUGGCGAACUCGCGGCUCCCUCAAUGAGUGAUUUCCUGUGGGGUCUGGAGAACUCUGGGUGGCUAAAACACAUCAAAGCUGUACUAGAUGCUGGGGUCUUUAUUGCAAAGGCAGUGGCAGAGGAUGGAGUGAGUGUUCUGGUGCACUGUUCAGACGGCUGGGACAGAACAGCUCAGGCCUGUUCGGUGGCUAGUGUACUACUAGAUCCAUACUACAGAACUAUCAAAGGACUGAUGGUUCUGAUCGAGAAGGACUGGGUAUCAUUUGGACACAAGUUUUCCCACAGGUACGCUCACCUUGACGGUGACCCCAAGGAGGUUUCUCCAGUCAUGGACCAGUUUCUGGAAUGUGUGUGGCAGCUGAUGCAGCAGUUCCCCUGUGCGUUUGAGUUCAAUGAGCGAUUCCUCAUACAGCUACACACACAUAUAUACUCCUGCCAGUACGGGAACUUCAUCGGCAAUUGCCAGAAAGAAAGGAGAGAUUUAAGGUUACAGGAGCGAACACACUCUUUGUGGCCGCACCUAUGGGAGAACAGGGCUGAAUACACAAACCCUCUGUACAGGACAGACCACAGCCAGACACAGGGGGUUCUGAAACCUCUCACCACUGCCUACUGCUUCAAGUUUUGGAAGGGGAUGUACGGCCGUGCAGAGAAAAGUGUAGCUUCACACCAGUCUCCAGCCGAUUGCCUGAAUGCGGUGAGGGAGGAGUCACAACAAUUGGAGGAGGAGCUUAGCGCCCACCAGGAGAGACUUGCCCAACUGAAGGAGAAGAAAACUUCAGGGGGGAGGAAGAAGACCAACAAGCUGUCUGAACGUGUCCGCCGUCCAAUUCCAAUCGAGAGCAAACUCAGCAGCCCUCUAGACUACUUCACCACCACAAGAAGCGAGAAACAUACUCCUUCCUUCACACUGCCACUAGAGUUAGCAGCCCCACCCAAGAACGGUGACCCUGAUGACCUUUCAACCUGCAGUGAUUUCGAGUCAGGCGUGGCUGACCUCAGCAGCCGCUCCUCUAGUGCUGGAGACGAUGCUAAGGACCCCGACUCAGAUGAAGCGGUCAAAACAAACGUCUGAACUAAAACAGAACUGGUGGCAAUAGGGAUAAAAGCACAGUAACGGGUACCAAACUAGGAACCCGUUAGUUAGUUUUUUUUAUGUUAUUUUAAUUUUUUUAAACUGUGUCCGAAUUUAUAUUUAAGUAUGUGAACAAGUACAUAUAUCCAAGAUGGUCUGGCAAUAAGACCAUAUUCCAUUAGAGUAAAAUCUUUUUUCUUGUAUAGUAUUUUAAGUUUUGGUUUGACUGUAUAUUUCACUGUCUGAUCCUUCAAGCUCUUGGUCAUUUUAGUCUUGAUAUUCUCCAUAGCUUCUGUAUGUUCGGAGCAGCAUAUUAUCAUACUACUCACGCUAAUACACAGAACAUACAUCAGAUACCCAGUAUUAUGGAAGCUUGUUUCAGCCAUGGGAUAAAAACAAUAAAAAGGUAAUUGCUACCUUUUUAUCUCACAAUUCUUUUUUUUUUAAUAUCCAAUCCAAUCCACUUUAUUUCUAUAGCACAUUUUACAAACACAAAGUUUCCAAUGUGCUGCACAAAAGACUCAAAACAUACAAAGCAAUUUAUAUUUAAUAUAAAAAUAUAUUUAUUUAUAUUAGUUUAUAUUUCAUAAUUUUGUUCUUGGAGUUAUGACUUUUUUCUCAGAAUUCUGAAUUGACAUUUCACAAUUUUUUUUUUUUACA